CUAAAGGAUUCAGCUAACUAUUUUGAUAAUGGCUAACUGAAUCACUGGACCUUUUAAAAUUGUGAGAAGUGAAGGACUGUUUUUGGCUUUACACUGUAUUGGCGAGGACAUCUUAUUUAAUAGAGGAUCUAAAUUUUGUCAUUGCUCUCCAAAAAAAAAAUAAAGAAACUACCUAAAGAGAGAGGCUGCUAUAAUCAACAUGGGAAGAAAGAGCAAGCUGGAAUUUGUCUUCUUCACUCUUAACAGCAAUAUCACAGUUGUAGGUAAGCUGUGGCUAACACUGAUGGUGCUUCUGCGGUUCCUCGUUCUCCUUCUGGCUGGCUAUCCUUUGUACUGGGAUGAGCAGGAACGCUUUGUCUGUAACACGAUCCAGCCUGGCUGUGCCAAUGUGUGUUACGACGCGUUCUCUCCUGUGUCCCACUUCAGGCUUUGGUUAGUUCAGGUGGUCAUCCUCAGCUUUCCAUUUGCUCUUUUCACUGUCUAUGUGACUCACAAGGCAUCUAUGGGUGCCUCAAUGGAAAUUUUCACAUCGAGCAAUGAGAGGUCUCCAUUCCAAAAAGUCCAUCAGAACAUUUUCCACAAGGAGUUGUCUCAGCCAGGCGCAGAGAUGACCGUUCCCAGUUUCUUGGGGGUGUAUGUUUUGCAGCUCCUACUGCGGAUUAUCCUAGAGGCGGCAUUCGGAGCUGGACAGUAUUACCUCUUUGGAUUCUUUAUUCCCAGGAGGUACAUCUGCUCAGAAGCUCCUUGUACCAGCACAGUGUACUGCUACAUCUCUAGGCCCACAGAGAAGAGCAUCAUGGCAACCUUUAUGCUCGGCGUCAGCUGCAUUUCUUUUCUGGUCGGUAUUGUAGAUCUCCUGUAUGUGAUUAAAAGGGCAGUGAGGGAGAAGCAUAAGGAGCGGCUGCUUUUAGAAAAGUUGUGUAAAGAAGAGCAGUAUUACCUGACUCCUCCAGGCCGAGAUGUAGAUGCCCAUCUACAGCUGGUUCAGGAGCACAGUCACGUAUGUCAAGCAGUUGAUGCAAUGUCAGUGCAGCUGGGAGAGUUGGACCAAAUGUCAAUCCACUCAGCAGCUGGGCCUCACGGAACUGCCACUUCCAACACAAACAGCAACAAUGCUUAUACACAGGAGCCCGAGGAGCAUGUGGAGCAGGAUGGGAGUGAAGUCGCUUUCUGCAUGACCGAGGCAGAGGCGGCAUUGCCGCCCCGGAUGCCAGGCCGACACGGCCGACGAGGCCGCCACAGGGCAAGUCGUUCAAGCCGUUGGGAGAAAAUUCAAAACAGCCAAGCAGAUUCCUCUCCUGAUUUGUCAAGACCAAGGCGGAUGGGUCAAUAUGUGAUGGUGGAAAUGAUGACCUCAGACGCACAGUCCAACUCCAGCGAAAGGAGAUCAGAGUGGGUGUGACCAUGGAGUGACCCGCUAACAAACUGCAUAGAAAUGUUCUAUGUGUUUCUGCCACUGCUGGGCAGCAAAUACAACAGAAGAUGUAGAUGAGAUCCCUCCAUUGCAUUAAGGCAUGGUGAUGAACAUUGGUGAUGUUUGUUCUUCCAUUAUGGCUGACUUGAAGAGAUCUGGAGAAAAAGGCACACCAUCUGGGGUCUUCGAUAUGACAGAUAUUAAUGCUUUAG